CAGAGAAUAAUAAUCAUAGUGAGAUGAACAAUUUUCAAGGACUGUAGUUACUAAUUUGACUAAAAUUCGGCGAAUUUAUGAGAAUGGUUGAAUGAAAUAUCAGGAUUGACACGCUUUUAGUCUUUUCAUUUAUUAAUUUACCUGGUGUAUUAGCGCAGACGGAGACAAGUUUAUUAUGUUUUGAUGUAAAUUCUCGCAACUAUUAUGUAAUCAAUCAAGGCGGUUCGUAGGGACGAGCCCCCAAAUGCGAGCAAUUUCAUUGGUUAAUGCAAAUUUUAUCUCAUCAGCAUAUUUAUUGCGAUAUCUCUGACAGGACCAUAACAAAUCCUCCUCCAAACAGAAGAAUAAUUAGUUUGGGGAAAUUCCAGUGUUUUGUUGGUUUGAAGCAGAGGAGUUAACCUGUGUAUCAUUGUUAAAUUAUCGUUGAAUAGUCUGUAAACUGUACAGUUGUUGGGCUUAGGUUUAUUGUAUUUUGAGACUGGAAAUUUACGGAUCAGACAGGUAAAGAUCAAAAUUGAAAUUCUUAUAUAAAUUAUUUACAAAGCUGAAGAAGUGGAUAAACAAGUUUACUCUAAGGACAUAACGGCCUCUUGUAGGUCUCCGAGAGUUGGUCAGCAAUCAGAGAAGGAGAAUAUCGGGUCCCAUGGGGGCUUAGGCGAUUCCUCUAGUAAGAAGGAUUCCAUUAACAAACACAACGAGCCGGUGAGAAAAAUCAGCCGCACUCUUCCAAAUCCGUACCUACCAGGAACGGAGCGUGCUCUGUGCAAUCAGCCAACCAGGCUUGGAACGCUAAGCCGUAAGACUUGCCAUAAGACAAGAAGUGAAGAUCGUAGAAAUGGUGGUGGAUUGUCUUUCCAUUCAUCAUUGAAUAUUCCAAAUUCUACUCCUGUGAUGGAUUUUUACUCGUUCAGAGAUUUGGUGUCCGGGGAGUCGUGUGUACCAAAUCAAUACCAACUACAGUCACCAUAUUGUAACGAUUUUGCUGCAAGCCCACCCUCUAUGUUCACAUAUGAUAUAGAAGGGGCUCACAGUGUAUCAUACAGUAAACCAAUUCCUUCAGCAAAUAUCGGACUAACAAACAUAACUUGCCACAGACCGCCAAGGAUCAUGGCCACUAGCCCGAGUGGAGAUGCCCUUAAUGAUAGUUUCUUUAACGAUUUAUCUAUCUGUAGUGGGUCGUUGGAUGAGAGCGUAUGUGGAAGUUUCACGGACAGUCUGUGCGGAAGCUUUAAUGAAAGUUUAUGCAGCUUCAAAGAUGGUGGAAGAGAAUCGCCGUGGGGAUCAUAUGAAAGUGAUUUUUAUGGUCUUGAUGACAUCAGCAGUCCUCUACAACACCAGGUCGAUGACUUCGCACACGAUCCAACCCUUGCGGAAUUAAAUAUGGAAGAUUCACAAGGUUUGGAGUUAUCUCAACAGUCAUUGUUAACACAAACUAAAAAACAGAGUUCCGUAAGCAUCCCAGUAUUGUCCAAAGUCCAAUCCCAGCAAACCCUCCAAACAACCAUGCAAUCUUACUCAUGGCCUCAGGGACCCUCCAAGCAUGGGUUCGCAUCAAAUGUAACUUUCACAAAUACGUCAAUGGAGGAUGACAUCAAAAGUCAUGACUCAUCAUCCGUGCUGAGUUCAUUCUCAGUAAGAAACAAAACGGAGAAAAAAGAAAGCAUAAGUGCUUUAAAUCUUGCUAAAGAUAGCCCGCCACCAAAGGCAGCAAAUGACUCAAACCUUUUGAGAGAGAAAAGUCCGAUAGAGUACACUAAUUUAUUUAUGAUACGUUCCUCAAAGAACCACGGCAAUUCAGGGAAAACAAUGAAAGGAGAAAAGAGGAAAAUUAGCGAAGUAGCAGGAAGGAAAGAGGAACCUAGAAAGUCAAAAGAAAGAUUAUCACCUCAUCUACGAAAAGGAACGUCAAUCCAGAUGCAGCAAAUUGAGGAGGAGGAAGAAGAGGAAGAUGAUGAUGAUGAUCUUGAUUCCCACGAUGAAGGAUUGGGGAGUGAGCGAGAUGAUCACGAUGUGAGCGAUGAUGAGAUGGCAGACGAUGCAAGUGAUAUUUCUGAUCUCGGGAUCUCAAGUAUCAUAGGACCAACUCCAAAAGCCCUGCGAUCACGUCGAGGCGACUAUGACGAUUGGACGCCAAAUCCAAAACGUUUACUACAAAUCGGUAAUGAACUAUGUAAACUGAAUAAAGUGAUUGCCGAUAUGCUGCCCCUACAGAGGCUACCUCCGAAUUCCCGAACAAAAUCUCGAAAGGAAAAGAACAAACUUGCAUCAAGAGCAUGUCGUCUAAAAAAGAAAGCACAGCAUGAGGCGAAUAAGGUCAAGCUACAUGGCCUAGAAAAGGAACACGAUAACUUGACAUACGUCUUAUCACAAAUCAAGAAGGAGGUAGCAGUGAGGACCUCCCAGAUGGGUUCACAUUAUCCUUUCUCAUUGUCCAAGAUGUUGGAGCAACUAACAAACGACAACUUAGCCACAACCAUUGCGGGGCACACAACUGAAUUCGUUAAUGCUGUACUUGACAAGACUGCAAAUGGAAAUCCAACCGGUGGCUUGGAAUUUGACACCCGCGAGUAAACGUUGAAGAAAUGAUGACGUUUCAACUGAUGAUCAAGACUGAAGGGGAGGGGAGAGAGGGUUUCCAUGGAUUGGCUGGUUAUAUAUACAUUACCACCUAUUGCAAUAGCUUGAUAUGGGACUGCAUUUGUGUCUGUGGAUUGGACUGGCUGGUUGUUGAUAUAUUGCCAUCUAUUAGUUGGUUUGUCGGUGGACUGGGUAGCUAUUUAAGUCAUCUGUAACAGAGCUAUAUAUACAAAAUACUAUAUUUACAUCUUAGACAUAUAACUUAUAUACAGCUGAUCAGUGAAACUGUCUGUUUUCUUGCCAUAUAUAUGUAAUAGCUUUCCAUCAUCUACAGCCAAUCAGCUACAGCUUAUGUUGGAGCUCAUCAUCUGCAACCAAUUAUCUUCAGUCUUUCUUAAAUGUAUAGCUCAUCUGCAGCCUAUUACAGUCUACAUUUACAACUCAUCAUCUGCAGCCAAUCAACUAUAGUCUUUUUGAAGUUACAGCUCAUCAUCUGUAGCCAAUCAACUACAUUCAUUUUGAAUUUACAGCUCCUCAUCUGCAGCCAAUUACAGAUUAUCUAAUAAAUUUACAGCUCAUUAUCUGCAGCCAAUUACAAACUAUCUAAUCUUGCAGCUCAUUAUCUGCAGCCAGUCAGCUACAGUCUAUCAUAGGCUGCACAGCACAUCAUCAGCAGGCAAUCAGCUCCAGUUGUCUUCAGCUGCUACUCAUCAUCCACAGACAGUCAACUACAGUAUAUUUAAUGUUGCAACUUAUCAUCUUCAUUUUUAAACUUCUCAAAAAUAUGGUAAAGAUUGAAUAAAUACUAUGCAAAAUCAACUGUAUUUUAAGCUAGUACAGUCGCAACAAACAAUUUACUUGUAUAUUAUACACAGCUAAAUUUAAAGGUGACAUGACCAUGUUACAGCACACCUGUAGUAGUUCCCCCCCCCUUCCCCGUGGAGUUGGUGUAUUUCUUUUUGUAGUUGUAGUAGCUAGAUCUGCUACAGUCAGAUGUUUGGUGUCUUAAUCCAACAAUGGCACUAAAGCCUGCAUCUCUCAUUCACAAUGGUUCAUGCUCUGUCCACAUUAUCAAGAUUUCUUUGACAAAUAUUUGAAUUUCCCAUAUAUGGGUGUGAUGAUGUCAUACACACCCACAUAUAAGCAAUUCACAGGUAUUUGUCGCUUAAAACAGGGGUGGAUCCAGAGGUGUCCGAAAGGACACCUAGCUUGUCGGGAGCAUGCUCCCCACAAAAUUACUGUUUUCUAGACGCUUGGAAAUAAUCUCUGAGGCAUUUCGGGUGAUCAAUAAUUCCUUUUUAUUCUUUCUUUUUAUUCUUUUUUUAACUUUCCAAAGGAGGAGCAGGGAAAGGCUCCGCCACCCCCUCCCCCCCCCCAAAAAAAAAUCCGCCCUUGUAAAGCAUUAUAGUGUGAAGAGAUUUGGCCUGACAAUUUCAAGAAUACUUUACUGUCAAAUUAUCAGAACAGUAAGAAGAUUUUUUUCUUUUUUGAUUGAUGGCCCAGACUGAUUGGUUAUUCCAAAAAAGUCUGCAAAAUUAUUGUUGCGUUCCAUAUGCAAGUACCAAUGCAUGGCUCCUGAGGGCAGUAUUCACACUCUGGAUUGAACUGAAAUAUCUUUCCAAUCUUUGCAUGAUAGGUGUUGGUAUUAAACUAAUGAAAUUUCAAUUUUUUCAGAAACAGGUAUUAUGGCAUUUUUAUAUUUACUUAUUUAUCUGGAGUUAUGUACAAGCUUUCCUGGACCUGCAUAUUUUGAAAUGCACUGCAUGCAACAUUUGAAUGCUGUGAUUAUUUUGUAAAUCAGAAGUAUGGACUGUAAGUUCUCAUUCCUUUACUUCAGAAAGUAUAGUUGUGAUAAGUAGUAGAAAUAAUUCCCUCACCUUGGUUUUACAUGUCUGCAGAUAAAAUAUACAGAAUGAUGAGCUUGGUGAUUGGUUCGGAGAGAACUCAUCGAUCGCUUAUGACAAAAAAAUGUUUAAAUCUCAGAAGUUAAAACAAUAUGAUAAAUAUAUGCUGUGGAAUAAACAGCAGAUUAAUUUUUAGUUCAAAUAACUUAUUUAAAUAAUAGAUUUAAGAAAAAGAUAUUUAAAUGGAUCAGAGUGAAUAAUUGUAGACUUAAAAUAUAUAAAAAUGGUAUAUACACCUCAGUUUCCUCAUGCAAUAUUAAAACUAAUGAGUAGGGUAACUUGUGUAUUUGGGAAUAAAGGAGAAAUGCUCAGAAAUAAUUAAUACUACACUGAAUCAAUAAUAGGCCCACCUUCAGGUGUAACCCUCUACCAUACUCUGGCAGUGGCGGUGCCAGCGUCUGAAAUCUGGGAGGGGAAGUGAGACUAGGGUUGGGCCAGACACAUUUUCUGGGGGUAAAUUCUCCUCUCAACUCCCCCCCCCCUUCCCCGUAGUAGUGGCACUGAACUCUGGGAGUGAUGUUUGAGAGGCUGUUACAUGAAUCAGUGUGGUAUCUAAUUGCAGUAAUAUUUUGUGCAAGGCCAAAUAAACAAAAAUGUUUUUCAUUCAGGUGGAAUGAGAUUUAUUUUUUGAAUUAAUACUGAAACUGUACUGUAUCACAAUUACUGCAAUUUCAUAUGAAUAGAUGUCACCCUUGUGUCAGGAAGGUCAUCUUUUAAAGGUCAAACAGAACUUAUAUUUUUAUCAUUUUUACAGUAUUAUUUAAUAUCUAUAUUAUACUAUAUCUGGUAAAAAUAUUCAGUGGUGGACCCAGGAAUUCAAAAUAGAGGGGGCCUCUAGGAAGGGCCUUUUACAGAUGAAGGGUCUAUGCAAGCAAGAUAUGACUAUGGCACCUGGAUGGCUAGAAAUGGUACACUCAAUAUUUUCAAAUACCACCCCCCCCCCCCAUUGAAUCUGCCAUUGAUGUUCUCUUUUUAUCCCCUUUUAACUCUACUAUAUGGACUUCCUUGAAGCUUUGUGUUCUAUUUUCAAACAUUUUAAAAGUGAUUUCACAGAUCGUAUGUAUAUAGGAUCUGUGGUGAUUUCAUUUAUAAAAUAAAUCAUUGUAGAGAACAGACAUUUUAUCAUUAAUUUUCAUCACCCCACUAUCAUAACCUCAAUGUAUAUUAUAAAAAAAUUAUUAAUUUUAUUAUGGUAAAGAAUAUGUUGGAUUAUUUAUUCAGAUUUGUCAUCAUUAUUAUUAAUAUUUAUUACAAUAAUAUUGGUUAAUUGUUAUUAUCAAUAUUCCUACAAGUUUUAGGUCUGAUUAGUAGCGAUUAAAAAUAUAUUUACAAAAAGAAAAAAGAAAUGAAACGGAUUCGGCUUCAGAGGGAAUUAGAAAAUUAAAAUUAAUUAAAUGUGUUGAAGUUACGUUUUACCAAACCUCUUAAGUUAUUUAACCAAGUGAUGUAAAAUACAAAGAGAAUCACCUGGAGUUGAAAAUAUGUAAAUAAGAUUGACUAUUCUUGAAGGUAUAGAGUAUGCUCAUUGGCUAGUCGAAAGACAGUUAACGUUGCCAUGGCAAUAAACAAGUAUAUACUGAAAAGCUCUUGGUAUAUUAUAGAGAUUAUAUGGAUUUAAAUGAAAUACUGUAUGUAGUACAUAAAGAUUAAUGGUUUAUUUUUCUGUAUUUAUCUGUAAAAUUAUAAAGAUGCAUUUCUAAGAUGUUUUGUGCGUUAAUUUUAGGUUUUUGAUCAACCUUCCUUAAAAUAUAGAGCUUAUGGGCAGGUGAAAGAAGAAACUAGAGUGUAGAUACGCACAACCGCAAAGAGAUAUUUUGUAACGAUAACAUACACUUGCAGUGUAUUUGAGUUGACAACGAUGUUUGAUGUAAGGGAGGCUUUUGAUUUGAAAUGUGCUAUUUUUCUUGAAUAAAUAUACUACACUAGCUUCUAA